GAGCUUUAGCCAGAAAACGGUGGUCCACUGUCCUCUGAUGAGCCCGCUGGAAUAUCACAAGAAGAAAGAGGAAAAACGGCGCACUUCGCAGCAGGCUAACCUCACCUCCAGCACUAUGCGCAUCUGACACACAACUGAAGGCCGGGCGGGCUUUGCUGCAGCUGAGGAUGAUGAAUGGUCUCCUGCGCUAAAGCUGGAUGGUGUGGGAAUGAUGGAACUCCCUAAUGGCCAAUCAAGCAUCACCACCAUUGCAACAGUCUCUGAGAGGAGCAGCAGCUCAGAGUCUCUCAGUGAUAAAGGCUCUUCAGAGCUGAAGAAGAGCUUCGAUGCCGUUGUGUUCGAUGUGCUGAAGGUCACUCCUGAAGAAUAUGCAGGCCAGAUCACACUUAUGGAUGCUCCUGUGUUCAAAGCCAUCCAGCCAGAGGAGCUGUCAAGCUGUGGCUGGAACAAGAAGGAGAAGCACAGCUCGGCUCCAAACGUUGUGGCCUUCACUCGCAGGUUCAACCAGACAAGUUUCUGGGUGGUUCGAGAAAUCCUCCAUGCGCAGACGUUGAAGAUCAGAGCUGAGGUUCUGAGUCUUUACAUCCGCACUGCCAAGAAAUUGUGCGACAUGAACAACCUCCAUGCAGUCAUGGCUGUGGUGUCAUCAUUACAGAGUGCUCCCAUCUUCAGACUCACCAAAACAUGGGCGUUACUGAGUCGGAAGGAUAAGGCGACAUUUGAUCGGCUCGACUUCCUGAUGUCCAAAGAAGACAACUACAAACGUCUGAGAGACUUCAUAAGCAGCCAGAGCAUGGUCUCCUGUAUACCGUACCUAGGGAUGUACCUGUCUGAUCUGACCUACAUCGACUCAGCCUACCCCUCCACGGGCAGCAUACUGGAGAACGAACAGAGAUCAAACCUGAUGAAUAACAUUCUCAGAAUCAUAUCGGAUUUGCAGAGAUCCUGUACCUACGAUAUACCGGUGUUGCCUCAUGUACAGAAGUAUCUCAACUCAGUCAGGUAUAUCGAGGAGCUGCAGAAGUUUGUGGAGGACGACAACUACAAGUUGUCACAGAAGAUUGAGCCAGGCACCAGCACACCACGAGUAAAUGCCUCCAAAGAGGAUCUUGUCGGCCAGGAAGCGUCAGCAUCUCCUCUGUGCGGCCGUAAAUGUACGGUAGCAGCUGAAGGAACCAAAGUCCCGGCCACGCCUCCCUCCCCUAGGAACCUGCUGCCCUACGGUCACAGGAAGUGCCACAGCCUGGGCUACAAUUUUAUCCACAAGAUGAAUACAGUAGAGUUUAAAAGUGCUACAUUUCCCAACGCUGGUUCUCGACAUCUGUUGGACGACAGCGUGAUGGAGAGCCACAGUCCCACAAGAGGACAUGCAGAGAGUUCAACUUUGUCUAGUGGCAUUUCCCUUGGGAGCAGCGAGGGCUCCGAGCUCAGUGAAGAGGUGUCUUGGCCAGCUUUUGAGAGGACUCGGUUCUAUCACUCUCUGGGCCCAGUGACCCGUGUGGCCCGCAUCCCCUACAGAGGAGUCCUGAGGCCCAGCAGCUCAGCCGAGUCAGAGGAGCUGGCAGUUCAUUUGUAUCCCGGGGCAGUCACAGUCCAGGGGGUGUUGAGACGGAAGACUGUACUCAAGGAGGGCAAGAAACCGACAGUGGCAUCUUGGACCAAAUACUGGGUGGCUCUCUGCGGAACUCAGCUUUACUACUACCCUGCCAAGUCCCUGAAGGCCACUGAGAGAAAACAUUUCAAGUCAACGUCCAGUAAGUGCGUGUGUGUGGUGGGUCUCAUGGCCAUGAUGGCGGAUGAUCCGGAGCAUCCUGAUGUCUUCUUGCUGACUGACUCCGAGCAAGGUAACACCUACAAGUACCAAGCCGGGAACAGAACGAACGCAUUGCUCUGGUUCAAACAUCUGAGCGCUGCCUGUCAGAGCAAUAGGCAACAGGUGCCAGCCAAUCUGAUGUCAUUCGAGUGACCGAUUCUGAGGAAGAUGCAUGAGACUGAGCGAAGGAGAGAGGGAUGAGGAAACAGACAAGGAGGACGAGGAGGAGGAAUAUUGACUCAGUAGUGAGAGCUUUCACUGCCAUGAGCCCACGACCGCCGAUUCUCCGAUUCUAGCUCUGGCCUCACUGCAGCCUCACCUGCCACCACUGCCUUAACUAGAGUACCCUGUGUGUAUGUGUGUGUAUGUGUGUGUGUGUGUGUGUGUGUGUGUGUGUGUGUGUGUGUGUGUGUGUGUGUGU